GAAACUGGCCGUACACAUGACCAUUUUUGUCAUUUCCUCUCUUAAUGAGAAGUGACCGUCGAAAACUUGCACUAUAAAUUUCCCGUAAGCAAAUAGUGAAACUUCAUUCCAAGCGCGCGCGCUCUCUCUCUCUUCGUCCUCAUAGCUCCCCUCUGUAUCCAUCGAUUCACAAAUUUCAGGAUUACCUUGAAGAAACGCGAAAAUAAGAAGGUUAAUAUAUAUAUAUAUAUAUAUAUAUAUAUAUUUGCUGAUAACAACAACAUACCGAAUGUAUUCCCACAGGUUGAGUUUGAGGAGGGUAGAGUGUAAGGUUGAGUUUGAGGAGGGUAGAGUGUAAGCAGACCUUACCCUUUCCUCGUGGAGAUAGUGAGGCUGUUUCUAUUUGCUGAUAGAGAUCACAAAAACAAUGUCACAUUCUUUCCAGACCUUCGCUCUCAAGCUGAAAAUACACUGCAAAGAUUGUGGAGUGAAACUGAAAAAACAGCUGCUAAAACUUAAGGGGGUUCAUUCAGUGGAAAUUGAUCAAGAACUCGGGAAAGUAGUCAUCUCAGGCAAAGUAGACUCGGGAAAAAUCCUGAGCAAGCUUAGAAAAAGUGGGAGAGAAGUAGAGCUCUGGCCAAGUGAACAAUUAAAAGCGAAUUAUCUACUGAAUGAUUUGAAGUUUAUGGGGUUACCGGUGAACCCGUCUGACAUCCGGGGAUUGCAGACUGUUGAGGUAACUCUAACGUAUAAGCUAACUUACCAAGGAGAAUCAACAAGUAAAAACCCCAGGAUGGCACGAUCAAGAGUGCUUCCAAGUGGUGUUGAUGAUGGUGGUGGUGGUUGUGGAGGACUUUGUUCUGCAUCUUCGUCAUGUUGUGCUGGCCACGGUGGUAAUUAUAAUAAUUCUGGUUCUUGUUGUGCGAAUAACAGAAACAACUAUUCUUGUCAUUGCCUGCGGCCACAGCCAAUGGGGUAUAUUCCUCCUCCACUUGUGAUGCCACCACCAUAGUCAGGUGAUCGUCCUAGUCCAUCAGCCCCUCUAAUGCCGCAUGACUAUAUUCAUCAGGCACCGCCAUUACCACCUGCACCCUCGUGUGCCUCCGUCCUAUCACAGUGUCUUAAGUGAUGAGAACCUGAAGGGCUGCACAGUCCAAUGAUGUGUGUGCGUGCGUGUAUGUGUGCGCGUGUGCGUGUGCGUGUGCGUGUUUUGCCAAAUAGAAGGGAAAAAAAAGGGUAGAGGAAAUACAGAAAAGUGUAGCAGUAGUAGUUCAUGUAAAAUCUGUGGUGUUGUCACUACUUCCAUUGUGAAGUGCCAUUUCCUUUUCGGCAAUUGUAAAAUUUGCUCAUUGUGUGAAUAUUAUCCCUUUGUUAAUACAGUAAUUUAUAUUUAGCCUUGUCUAUUACGAUCACGAAAAGCGCUAUUCUAGUGUAAGUGG